ACAACCCACGAGCAAAAGACUCAGGAACUAUGGAGUGACGAGGUAGAAAGAGUGGUGGCAGAAACAUCUACGCAAAGGGAUAGAACACAACAAGAAGUACGCAGAAACAGUAGAAUUGAUGACUCCGACGCAGAAAUGGAAGAAAUGGAGACAGACAACAAUGACUGGAGAAGCAAGAUAGGAGAAGAAGAACAAUG